AUGAAAAGUGGUACAAAUAAAACAACAACAGCAACAAAUUCUAUGCCUUUAGUAGCAACAACAAGUGAUGAUUUAUCUGAUCCUAAUAAUCUUAAAGCAAUUCAUUCAAUUGAAGCUAUAUUAGGUAUUAAAAAUGGUGAUAAUCAUCAUCAUCAUCAUCAUCAACAACAACAUCCGUUUUCUUCUCAUUUUUUACCAUCAUCAUUAGAAUUUCAUCAACAUAAUAAAAAACGUCAUUCAAAUGAACAUUAUCCUGAUAUAGUUAAAUCUGCUCGUCGUGUUAGUAAUGAAACUGAUGUAUUAAGUAAUAGUAAAAGUAAUGGUAAUUCAGAAGAUGAUCUUGAAGAUUUAGAUGAUGACAUUGAUAGUAAUGAUCAUUGUUUAACAAAUAAUCAACAUAAUUCAAAAAAAAAACAUCGUCGUAAUCGUACAACAUUUACAACAUUUCAAUUACAUGAACUUGAACGAGCUUUUGAAAAAUCUCAUUAUCCCGAUGUAUACAAUCGAGAAGAAUUAGCAGGCAAAAUUAGUUUACCUGAAGUGCGAGUACAAGUAUGGUUUCAAAAUCGUCGUGCUAAAUGGCGUCGACAAGAAAAAGCUGAAGCAAAUACAUUAAAAAUUAAUCCAGAUUUUCCAAUGUCAAGUUUUCCAAUGACAUCUAGAAAUAUAGGAAAUGCAUCAUCAUCAUCUCCAUCAUGUUCAUCAACAUUAUCAAUGGAUCCAUGGCUUGUUACACCAUUUACAACAUCAAAUUCAUCAUUUUGUACAAAUACAAAUAAUACAAAUAAUUCUAAUGGUAUAUCAUUUUUUCCAACAAAUUGUAAUGUAUCAACACUUUAUCCAACAUCAUCACUUCAUCAUCCAUAUGGUUCAUAUUCUUCUUCGGAUACAAAUGAAAUUUUAAAUGAAACAAAUAAUAAUAAUAAUGCUGAUUCUAUUACUCAUUUACGUAUUAAAGCCAAAGAAUAUAUGAGUGCCAUUAUUGGAACAACAAAUCAUACAAAAAAUCAUCUUGUAUGGCCUCAAGGUGUAUAA